UCUCCAAGAUGGCGGCGUGGGGAAGGAGGCGCGCGGGCCCCGGCAGCACCAACAGCGGCGGCGGCCGGGACAGGGUGACCUUGUCCUCCACGGACUGUUACAUUGUGCACGAGAUCUACAACGGGGAGAACGCUCAGGACCAGUUUGAGUACGAGCUGGAGCAGGCGCUGGAGGCGCAGUACAAGUACAUCGUGAUCGAGCCCACGCGCAUCGGGGACGAGACGGCGCGCUGGAUCACCGUGGGGAACUGCCUGCACAAAACGGCCGUGCUGGCGGGCACCACCUGCCUCUUCACCCCCCUGGCACUGCCCGUAGAUUAUUCUCACUACAUCUCCCUGCCUGCCGGAGUGCUGAGCGUGGCUUGCUGCACCCUGUACGGGAUCUCGUGGCAGUUUGAUCCCUGCUGCAAGUACCAGGUGGAGUACGAUGCCUAUAAACUCUCGCGCCUGCCCCUGCAUACGCUCACCUCGUCCACUCCCGUGGUGCUGGUGAGGAAGGACGACCUGCACAGAAAGAGACUGCACAACACGAUAGCACUCGCUGCCCUGGUGUACUGUGUAAAGAAGAUCUAUGAACUCUAUGCUGUAUGACUUCAGCAGGGAAGAGAGAAACCCACAAAGACAAGUGUAUUAAGACUCCCACAGUAACAUUUUGUUUUUCCUCUUUGAGAAGCGGUGGAGACUGGGAAGGAUUUGGUUUGAUAGAGCUGUUAUUUUUCAGAUAACGUAUCACUGGUGCACCAAGGUUUUUCAGCUCUUCCUUACACUUGAGAUGUGGAUGUGUGGUGACUUGAGAUCCGUAUGUUAGGCCAGGGGAGUCCAAUCCAGCAGCAGAAUGUCAGUGAAAGAAAGCAAUAGAAAGAAGGGGUGUGAGAGCUGCUUUCUUUUUUUUUUUUCUUUUUUUUUUUUUUCUUUUUUUUUUUUGGGAAACAUUUAAGUAUAUUGUUUAAUUGUAUUACACAAAACCAGCCAGAAGUUAUCAUUGACCAUUAAAGGAUGAGAAUUUCAAAUGC